UCUCUCUCUCUCUCUCUCUCGUCUCAACCCUGCGAUAUUGCAUCUCGCUUCGUCUCCGCAGAUUUUCUAAGAUUGAAGUUUCUCUUUCCAAUGGCCGGUCAGAGGAAUAGUUAUGGAAAGCGUUCCCAUUCUCAAUCUGACUACGCAGAUGAUGGAGGAAAUAAAAGGAGAAAUCAUGGCAAUGAUAGAGAUUCUUUUUCUAUUGGACCAGAAGAUACUGUGUACAGGUAUUUAUGCCCUGGAAAGAAGAUUGGAAGUAUUAUAGGAAGGGGAGGGGAGAUUGUUAAGCAAUUAAGGGCAGAGAGUAAGUCAAAAAUAAGGAUUGGUGAGACUGUGCAAGGAGGUGAGGAGCGUGUUGUCACUUUAUACAGCUCAAGUGAGGAAACUAAUGAAUGGGAUGGCAUUGACAAUACUCUUUGUCCAGCCCAAGAUGCUCUUUUUAAGGUGCAUGACAGAGUUGUUGCUGAUGACUUGGCUGCUGACGAGGACACAGAGGAAGUUCCACAAGUAACUGCUCGGCUUCUUGUACCAUCCGAUCAGAUUGGAUGUAUCAUUGGGAAAGGUGGACAGAUAGUUCAGGAUAUUCGUAGUGAAACUGGUGCCAAUGUUCGAAUUAUGAAGGACAAGCAUUUGCCUCUUUGUGCAUUGAAUUCUGAUGAACUUGUGCAGAUAUCCGGCGAAGCCUCUGUUGUGAGGAAGGCUCUAUAUCAAAUUGCAUCUCGCUUGCACGACAAUCCAUCUCGGUCCCAGCACAUGCUGGCUUCUGCCGUGCCCAAUGUUUAUCCUCCUGGUGGUUCACUUGUGGGUUCUGCUGGUGGCCCAAUUGUGGGAUUAACUCCACUAGUGGGUGCUUAUGGGGGAUAUAAAGGUGAGAGUGGAGACUGGUCACGGUCUUUUUACUCAGCUCCAAGGGAUGAAGCAUCUUCAAAAGAAUUUUCUAUUCGUUUGGUUUGCCAUACUGCAAAUAUCGGAGGCGUGAUUGGCAAGGGUGGUCUUAUAAUCAAUCAAAUCAGGCAAGAGUCAGGAGCACAUAUUAAAGUUGAUAGUGCAGCUGCUGAAGGAGAUGAUUGUAUAAUAACUAUAUCCGCCAAAGAGUUGUUUGAAGACACAUUCUCUCCAACAAUCGAAGCAGCAACACGCUUGCAACCCAGGUGCAGCGAGAAAGUUGAAAGAGAUUCAGGUCUUACCUCAUUCACAACCCGUCUACUAGUGCCAACGUCUCGAAUUGGUUGCCUUAUUGGAAAAGGUGGAUCUAUAAUUAGUGAGAUGAGGAGAAUCACCAAAGCUAAUAUUCGCAUACUUUCAAAAGAAAAUCUUCCCAAGGUUGCAUCCGCCGAUGAUGAGAUGGUACAGAUUGCUGGAGAUCUUGAUAUUGCGAAGGACGCUCUUGUGCAAGUAACCUCACGGUUGAGAGCAAAUCUUUUCGAUAGGGAUGGUGCCGUCUCUGCUUUUGUGCCUGUUCUUCCGUACCUUCCUAUGUCGAUGGAUUCCUCAGAUGUUUCGAAAUAUGAGAGCAGAGAUAGUAGAAGACAUGGGCGAGGACAUUCUUAUUCCGGUGGAUAUGGCGGCUCUGGUGAUUUGCAAGCUGGCGAUGGGUAUGGUAAUUAUGGUGGUUUUCAGAGUGGUAGUGGUUAUGGAGCCUAUGGUGGUUAUUCCUCUGGACGUACUGGCGGUUCUGGAUCUGGACAAAACCCUGUUUCACGGCGUAAAAAUUAUGGUUACUAAUUUUUGAUGCUGUUGGCUUGCUCAUACGGUCAGAUGAAUUAUGGCACCACUGGUUUUGCUCCUUUGGUUAAGAUUAUUUUCAAAUAUCCUAUAAUCGUAUAUUUAUUAUAUUACCAUAUGGGCCGAGAAGCUCACGAUGACUACCACAUGACGAUGUAUACGCAGUGAAGGGUGGCUGUAUCAGCAUUUUUAUUCCAGAGGUAAGAUUGGAUGCUGUCUUCUAGUUGAAAUUUUCACGAUAACAAUUUUAUCUGAAGGAUUCUUAUGGACCACUCUUGAUUUACGACAGUCACUGGAGAUGGAG